AUGACGCUGGUGUCGGAACUUAAACAGAGAUUAUUUCUCCCUUAUUAUAUCAUAAAUUUGUUAUUUUGUUCCACAUUUUUUAUUAUUCGUUAUGUACCUGCAUUAAAUUUUAUUUUGGAUUUUUCUCUUGAGCCAUCAGAAACAACUGUAUAUUUUGUAAUUGGGGCUCUUAUUUUGUUAAAAUUUAAAUCUACAGCCAGCGCAGAAGAAUGGUUAUCAGUAUCCUUUUUAUAUCUAAAAUUAUUGAAUGUAAUAAUGUUAUAUUUAUUUGGUAAAACGUUGUGGGCGAUUUUAUACGCAAUAUCAUGGAGUGCUUUAUUUGCAGUUUUGCCACAACCUUCAUAUCAGGGACCUACGAAAAUAAUUGAAUUAAGUGAACAAGAUUUAAAUGAGAUUAAACGUGGUGGAUAUAAACUUCAUAAAUUUAAAGAAAUCACAGAUGAAGAACAUGAAAAGAUUAAACAAAGUGAAAACGGUAAAGGUAAAGAACAAGUCGAUCAACAUUGGAUAAUAUUUUUUUACGUUACAUGGAGUCCGGCUUGUAGAAUUUUCGAAUCAACGGUGGCAAAAACAUCUGUAAAGUAUACAACAACAGAUGUUCAUUUUGGCAAAAUCGAUUUGGAUUUCUAUCCAAACGUGGCUCAAGAAUACGACAUUUCAUUAUCACCUACAAGUUUAGAUUUGCCUGCUUUAGUUUAUUUUAAAAAUGGCAGAGAAAAUUCUAGAUUACCUAAAAAUGUUAAAGUUGAUGAUGUUCAACUGGACCAAAUAACAAAUAAAACACUUAAAAGUGCAAAGGUCACCUGGGAUCGAUUAGGAUGGGAUCGUAGUAUGAAAUCUAUAAUUACAGCAUUUAAACUUGAUACUAUAAGUAAAACCGUAUAA